AUGCAGGACGGUAACUUCCUGCUGUCUGCCCUGCAGCCUGACGCCGGCGUGUGCUCCCUGGCGCUGCCCUCGGACCUACAGCUGGACCGCCGGGGCGCUGAGGGGCCAGAGGCCGAGCGGCUACGGGUGGCCCGAGUCCAGGAGCAGGUCCGCGCCCGCCUCCUGCAGCUGGGCCAGCAAGCACGGCACAACGGAGCAGCCGAGCUUGAGGGGGCCGCUGAGGCCACAAGAGGCACGUCCAGAGGUCAGUACCACACCUUGCAGACUGGCUUCAGCUCCCGCUCGCAGGGCCUGAGUGCAGACAAGACGUCGACCUUCCGGCCGACCACCAAGCCCCCCUACAGCCCUGCCUCCUGGUCCUCCCGUUCGGCUGUGGACCUGAGCCCCAGCCGCAGGUUGAGCUCUGCCCACAGUGGGAGCAGCCCCUUUGUGGCCACGGGGUACGGGGCAGCACCGCCCACAGCACCCGUGCCCACCCGGCCUGUGUCAUUCCAUGAGCGCAGCACUCUGGGCGGCCGGGCCGACUAUGACACACUGUCCCUGCGUUCCCUACGGCUGGGGCCCGGAGGCCUGGAUGACCGCUACAGUGUGGUGUCCGAGCAGCUGGAGCCCAUGGCUGCCUCCGCCUACAGGGCCUUCGCUUAUGAGCGCCAGGCCAGCUCUGGGUCCAGCCGGGCAGGGGUGCUGGACUGGCCAGAGGCCACCGAGGGGCCUCCCAGCCGGACCAUCCGUGCCCCUGCCAUGCGUACCCUGCAACGCUUCCAAAGCAGCCAUCGCAGCCGUGGAGUGGCCGGGGCAGCGGCAGGGGCCGCGCUGGAGCCUGUGGCCCGGGUGCCCUCUGUGCGCAGCCUGAACCUCAGCCUGGCUGACUCGGGCCACCUGCCAGACAUGGCCAGGCUGGACAGCUACGGGGGCCACCGUACCCUGCAGAGGCUCAGCAGCGGGUUUGAUGAUAUUGACCUGCCCUCAGCCGUCAAGUACCUCAUGGCCUCAGACCCCAACCUUCAGGUGCUGGGAGCUGCCUACAUCCAGCACAGGUGUUACAGUGACACAGCUGCCAAGAAGCAGGCCCGCAGCCUUCAGGCUGUGCCGAGGCUGGUGAAGCUCUUCAACCACGCCAACCAGGAAGUGCAGCGCCACGCCACCGGUGCCAUGCGCAACCUGAUCUAUGACAACGCCGACAACAAGCUGGCCCUGGUGGAGGAGAACGGCAUCUUUGAGCUGCUGCGUGCACUGCGCGAGCAGGAUGAUGAGCUACGCAAGAACGUCACAGGGAUCCUAUGGAACCUGUCCUCCAGUGACCACCUGAAGGACCGCCUGGCCCGUGACACACUGGAGCAGCUCACUGACCUGGUGCUGAGCCCCCUCUCAGGGGCCGGGGGGCCACCGCUCAUCCAGCAGAAUGCAUCUGAGGCGGAGAUCUUUUACAAUGCUACGGGCUUUCUCAGGAAUCUCAGCUCAGCCUCCCAGGCUACUCGCCAGAAGAUGAGGGAGUGCCACGGGCUAGUAGAUGCCUUGGUCACCUACAUCAAUCAUGCCCUAGAUGUGGGCAAGUGUGAAGACAAGAGCGUGGAGAACGCCGUGUGUGUACUGCGGAACCUGAGCUACCGGCUGUACGAUGAGAUGCCCCCGUCGGCCCUGCAGCGGCUCGAGGGUCGGGGCCGCAGAGACACGGAAGGGCUGCCCCCCGGCGAGGUGGUCGGCUGCUUCACGCCGCAGAGCCGGCGGCUGCGCGAGCUGCCCCUCACGGCCGACGCGCUCACCUUUGCGGAGGUGUCUAAGGACCCCAAGGGCCUCGAGUGGCUGUGGAGCCCCCAGAUCGUCGGGCUGUACAACCGGCUGCUGCAGCGCUGCGAGCUGAACCGGCACACGACGGAGGCGGCCGCCGGCGCGCUGCAGAACAUCACGGCGGGCGACCGCAGGUGGGCUGCUGUGCUGAGCCGCCUGGCCCUGGAGCAAGAGCGCAUCCUGAACCCCCUGCUGGAUCGGGUCCGCACUGCCGACCACCACCAGCUGCGCUCGCUGACUGGGCUCAUCCGAAACCUGUCCCGGAACGCCAGGAACAAGGACGAGAUGUCCACCAAGGUGGUGAGCCACCUGAUCGAGAAGCUCCCAGGCAGCGUGGGCGAGAAGUGCCCGCCGGCGGACGUGCUGGUCAACAUCAUAGCGGUCCUCAACAACCUGGUGGUGGCCAGUCCCAUUGCGGCUCGCGACCUGCUGUACUUCGACGGCCUGCGCAAGCUGGUCUUUAUCAAGAAGAAGCGCGAUGGCCCCGACAGUGAGAAGUCCUCGCGGGCGGCCUCCAGCCUCCUGGCCAACCUGUGGCAGUACAGCAAACUGCACCGCGACUUCCGUGCGAAAGGCUAUCGGAAGGAGGAUUUCGUGGGCCCAUAG